AAAACAGAAAGAAAUUAAGGAUUUGUUCGUGAAAUCCGAGGAAAUUAAUGGAAGGGUCGACGAUGGGAGUUUAUGUCGGAGUGCGGAAGCGGAAAUGGGGGAAAUGGGUGUCGGAGAUUCGCGAGCCGGGGAAGAAAACCCGGAUAUGGCUGGGGAGCUUCGAGACGCCGGAGAUGGCGGCCGCCGCCUACGACGUGGCGGCAUUUCACCUGAGAGGCUGCAAGGCGCGGCUCAACUUCCCGGAGUUGGUGGAGGGGUUUCCCAAGCCCGCCUCCUCUCAGCCCGAGGACGUCCGCCUCGCCGCCCACCAGGCCGCCAUGGGUUUCAAGCCGCCGGCGGAAGGAGUCCCCGGCGCCGGAUUGCGGCCGGUGAGGAUUGGACUCUCGCCGAACCAGAUACAAGCCAUAAAUGAGACCCCGAUGGAUUCUCCGAACAAGAUGUGGAUGGAGUUAGCGGCGACGACACUGUUACUAAGAGAGCCGCCAUUGAUGAUCUGUGAAGACAUGAUGGAGUUGGAAGAUUGGGAAGAAAUUCAAGAUGAUUCCAUUUGGGAUUUUUGAGUGUUAAUUAUAUUAUUAUAAAUUAUAUACUGUGGGGGGCCUCUUGAUUUAAUUUAUGUUUUAGAUAAAAUAAUUAUAUUAGGGGGCUCUUAAUUUUAUAUCAAUCAAUUCAACCUAUAUAUACUAACCAUUUAUUAUUAAUUAAUGUUGAAAAUUCAGUCUAAUAAUAUAAAUUUGUACCCAGAUAU